CCUCCUCCUCCUCCUCCUCCUCUUCCUCCUCUGUCAGUGCUCCAUUCCUCUGAGGGCUUUGAAAAAAAGAACAAGAAAGGAACAGAAAAACAGAGGAGAAAUCCUGCUUUCCCCCUCCGUUCUCAGAUGUGAAACACCUCUGCAUGACUGUCCGCCGCUUCCCUGUCAUCGUGUGAAGACGCGCCGCAUAUGUGCUCCAAUGUCUCCAGAACAUAGACUCGCUGCAAGACCAGAAGUUUUCACCUUGGUCCUCUUCUCGAAAGUUCAAUGAAGGCAGACGCCUCCCUCCAGCCAGGAACAUGAAGGGCUUAUCGGGCAGCCGCUCCCAGCACCAGAUCCCUUUACCUUAUGGCUUGGACUAUGACCCUCACGUCCAUGACCUCCACACUCACCAUGGCUCUGACACCCGCCACUCGUCUUACCUGCUCAGCCCCACAGAGAGCUGCCCAAUGGAGUUCCACCACCGCUACUCGCCGCGCAGCUCCAUCCACUCUGACUGCAUGAUGAUGUCCCCUGUCAUAAUGCCCCCAGCUGCUGCGCCUGACCACAUCUCCAGCAGCACCUUCCCCAGAAUGCACUACAGCUCUCAGUAUUAUGAUUCAGCCACACGGGAUGACUGCGCUGCCAUCACAGCCUCUGCCACCUCCCCAGCUGUCGCUGCCGCUGCAGCUGCAGCAGCCGCCUCCUCCCAUCUCGCCGGCACCAAGAGCAACCGCCUACCUGCUACCCUACUAGACCAGUUUGAGAAACAACUGCCACUACACCGUGAUGGCUUCCACACGCUACAGUACCAGCGCACCUCCACCACCACUGAGCAACGCAGCGAGAGUCCUGGCCGCAUCAGACACCUUGUUCAUUCUGUCCAGAAGCUCUUCACCAAGUCCCACUCCCUGGAGGGAUCAUCCAAAAUGAAUGGCACAAAAGGUGAUAUUGUAGGAGGAGGAGGAGGAGGUUAUCACCAUCAUGGCCACCACUCCACUAAACACGGUAGCAAGAGGAGCAAGAGCAAAGAACGUAAGCACCGCUCUGGCGGCUGGUGGAGCUCAGAUGACAACCUGGAUAGCGACAGCACCUACCGCACACCAAGUGUCAUGUCGAGGCACCACGCCGAACAUGUCAGCCACUGCUACCCAGAAUCCAUGCACAGCCACCACUUUGGAGACCUGUCACUCAAGACCUCUAAGAGUAACAAUGAUGUCAAGUGCUCAGCCUGUGAGAGCAUGGCCAUGGCGCCCGAGGGCAAAUUCAUGAAGAGGAGCUCCUGGUCGACACUGACAGUCAGCCAGGCCAAGGAGGCCUAUAGAAAGUCAUCGCUUAAUCUAGAGAAACCCAUGAUGCACACAGACCUCAAGCCUUCAUCGCGGACAUGUCACUACCUGCAGGUACCCCAGGAUGAGUGGAGUGGAUACCCAGGAGAAAAGGAUGACGAGAUCCCGUGUCGGCGGAUGCGCAGCAGUAGCUAUGUCAAAGCAAUGGGAGAGGUGGAUGAUGAAAGUGGUGACUCUGACACAAGCCCUAAGACAUCCCCACAGAAGGCCAUCCGUCCUGAUGCUCUCGUCCUCAAAUCAGCCAUGCAGAGACCACAUUUAGACUCCCAAAGCCAGGGCUACCACUUGCAAACCACAAGAGAUAUGCGGCCCCACCCUAGUGUCACGCUGGACCCUGCCACCUUUCAUCCCCCGCCCUUCCGCUCUCGCAACCAGAGCUACAUGCGCGCCGUCAGCACCCUCAGUCAGGCUAGCUGCGUCAGCCAGGUGAGUGAGACUGAGAUCAAUGGCCAGUUUGAGUCAGUUUGCGAGUCCGUUUUUAGUGAAGUAGAAUCCCAGGCCAUGGAGGCCUUGGACCUGCCUGGUUCGUUCCGCACUCGAAGCCACAGUUACCUCCGUGCUAUUCAGGCUGGUUAUUCCCAAGAUGACGACUGCUUGCCUUCAAUGACAUCCUCCACUGUCACUUCAACUCUCAGAUCCACAACAGAGGGAUAUGAUGUUGUGGAUGGGACCUCUUUACUAAAUGACGACAUGAUAGAGGAUGAUGACGGUGCUAGCUCGUCUGCCUAUGCGGAGCUGGAGAGGCUGGAGAGAGAGACGGCUGCUGCUCGCAGCCACCACAGUACUAGCUCCACUGUAACAGCCAUCUCUGUCCCACCGGCAUCCCCACCUUCAUACAGGGUCCCCUCUGCCUCACCUGUAGGCACCUCUGAGCCGCCGGUCCCCCAGGCCAUUCAGGCCUUCAAAGAGUCUGCUAACAUGGUUGCUGCCUUCAACAUGCAGUGGAAGGAUGAAAUCUCAGCAAUGCGCUAUGAGCUGGCGGAGCUACGUAGAGACGUCUGUGGGGAACUGAAAACUUUCAACAGCAACUUCUUCAACUUUACUCAGUGCUACAACAUGUGGACUUUGUGCCGGGAGCCUUGCAGCGACAGCACCACUCAAACAGACGACAGAGUGUCCAUAGGAAUUCAAGCAGGCUCAAGUUGGUCCGUUCGACAGAAUACAGAGGACAAGUCAGUGAUGUGCCAACCAGAGCCAGCACCCUUCAGCAUUAUGGAUUUGAUGGACCCACCCCGAAUUGAAAUUAUAGAGGGAACCCCUGAGAGUACGCCAGAGGGGUCAGGCAGCCCUGCCAGCCCACUUCCAAUAGAGGACUUCCCGUGGGAGAUCAACAAAAAGCAAAAGACCCAUAAGCAGCCAGACACAGGUGGCCACACAGGUGGUCACAGAAGCGCCAGUCUAGAACUGUGGAGCAGGAAGUAUACCAGUGGACCCAUGUCAUAUCUGUCUAUGUCAUUUUAAUCAUUCCCAUUCUACGCAUACUGUAAAAUGAGAUGAGGAAGCCAGGGUGAAAAACUUAACCAAGAAAGGCAGGGCAGUGCUGUUGUUAUAUGUCCCUUUACUCUAUGCAGACACAGAGUCUGUCAUCUCUUGAACAGGUCACAAUGUUGUUCAAGCAAUCUUUUAACAAGUGUCUUGUUUAGCCAUGGAAUAAAAGUGAAUGAUUUUGUUUUACACCUGAAUGAGGUGACAAGAAUGUGAGAGAGAAUGUGGCUGAUGUUCAGAUCCUCAAGUGCCAACAAGUACAGCACCAUCUUCCCUCCUCAAUCUUAAAUACCCAAACUUCAAUAAAAAAGAGGUCAAUUCAAGUAAACAUCGGUAAAUCUGAGGGUCAUUUAAUGAUAAAACUAUCAGCCAUUGUGAGGUGAAGCAUACAGUAAGUUGGUCUGUUUCUGCAAAUGAAUCUGAAUAUCAUGUUCAUUCCAGUUUCUCCUCAUGUAGAAACAAGAGUAUACUGAAAAAAUACUGUGAAUAACUUUAUAAACCCUAGUUUUUUAAUGAAUGCAUCGAAGAAAUACAUAUAAUUAUGUAUUAAUAUAUAAUUUACUUUUUGGUUAUUCUAAUCAAAACAUUCCUUUGCCAUAGCCUUCAUCCAUUUUGUAGCCAGUUCCAGUUGAAAUGGGCAUUUUGAAAAUUUCCAACUUACAAAGGUUUUCUCAAUGGUGAACUGGUGAACCACACAGCAUAAAGAUGUAAAUUUAAUAAUUCAAUAAACAGUAGAUAGUGCUGACAACUUAUAAUAAUCCCUAUAAAAUUUGUAAAAGCCUUAUUCUCUGGAAUAAUGUAUGGAUGACACUGUCUCAAGGCUUUGUGGACUUAGUCCCUAGCGAAAAUUGUUUACGAUGAAUCAUUUGUGACUAAGUCUGACAGCAUGUGGAGAGGAAAACAGUAAGGGGGAUUCACAGUGAUCAUGAAUUAUGAAUGUAUCGGCUUCAGUUCAUUCCUGCACAAACUGCAUUCAUGUUCAAACUCUGUAUAUGUAUAUAAAUGUACCAUUUUGUAUAUAGAGAAACUUAUAUUCAAUACUUGUACUGUUUGCAGUUAUAAACAUUCAGAUUUCUGAGAGGCUCAGAGGGGUCAUGGUAGUAACUGUGGUUCUAAACCAAACAGCACUUUUUCCAGUCUUCGAGGUCUGUCUCCAUUUAUUUCAUCAUGUCCAUCCUCCAGCUGUUUGUGUACCUCACAAGGAAGUUGGUAGUUCAUACCAGUGUUUCCGCCUAUUGUUUUUUGUGCAGUGGUGACUGGAGGUUCUUAAAUGUUUGGUGAAGCAGCUUAGCUAUCCAUUCCUUUAUAUUUUAGGGGAAAUGGUCCAACAAAUUAAUUGGAUCUAUUGUUUUGAUAAAUUAUGCUUAGAGACUUGAACUAAAUUGUACCAUAUUCACCUUUUUUAAAUGCCACAUUUCUCUAGUAAUUGUGGAAUUUGUCAUGCUGGGGUGGUUCAUCACUGCUGAAAGAUAACAGAGGAACAUUGGUCCCUCUAAGUAGACAAUCAGAAUCGCUGAGGGCCUCUACCUCUCCAACAUGUCCCCAGAGGUGCAGUAUAGUACCACUGAAUGUACUAACACCGCCUCACUAGUGAUGGCUUAGCUGGGCUCUUGUCAAACCUUAAUGGGUGGGAGCCCUCCAUCAUCUGCUAUAUUUGGCUAUACAGCUCAUUUUGUCUGUUACUCAUAAAAUACUAGUCGCUCAUUUGCCACUGGCAUUCCCCUCAACCACUCAUCUGCUCCACUGUCCCAACAUGGCGUACCAAAGUUAAUACUGAGGCCCAUGGAACUGAGGCUAACAACAAACAACUCCAAGCUUGACAGCAUUUAUCUUUGGACGACCACUGCAGCACAGGACCAUGGGAAGCCUGCAUGUGUCUGACCCCUGACUGAAAUGUGAACCUUUCAAAAGGACUUUUAAUAAAGGAGAGGCAUCAUCUCCCUAUAAGAGAGUGGAUCUUCUUCCCCCUUUGCACGACCAAAAGACAAUACUUGCAGAAAAAGUGGCAUUUUGAAAAGAUGAUAUUCAUACAAAGGUUGUACUAGAGUUAAGAGCAAAAUUAAAGCUGAAGCCACAAAAGAAAAAAAGGCAGACAUUUCCUUUUGAGUUAUUGCAGUAGCUCCACCCACACACCUGUAAAAGUAACUCAUUAGACCUGAACUUAAAUACCGAGCUAAAUCAUUCAUUUGCUUUGAUAAUCUAAUAUAUGUGUUACAGAGGAGGCAUAUUUUGCUGGUCAUUUUUAGCAGCAACUUCCUAGCUCUGAAUUUGAGGUUUUGAGGUUUUGGUACAAAGACCAGUAAUAGGUAUAAAAGGAUAUAAUAAAAGGAAUAAGUUCAAAUGUAUUGUUGCCAUUCUCAACCAUCUGCAAUACAGAAUAUGAAUUUUUAAAUUCUCUACAAACCGGCCAAAGGCAGGGUUAGCAUAAAUCAUUUCAGUGAAAGGCAUAUGACUGUGACAACUUUUGGCCUAUAACUAUUUUAAUAUAUACAUAUAUUUACAGAAUAUAUGAAAAAAAAAACUUUGGAAAGGCUUGUAUUCAUAUUUUUGCUUUUUUGAAUGAUCAAGAGGUAUUGCCGUGGCAUUCCUUACUUACAUCUUUCCCCAUAGUUUGGGGAAUGCAAACUAAUUUAAAGGUGCUGAAGACUGGCCAAUCAUGAUGUCUCCAAUCUACAUUCAUUCAUUCUAUGCAAGUCCUUUGUUGUGAUUUAUGUCAUCUAAAUAUUUGCAGUUAUAGAUAUUAGGUGUUUAUGUUAAUCAUUAAUGCAAGUCAUCAAUGCAGGGAAUGGAAUUAUGUUUUCAGAAAAUAGUGGUGGCUCUUAAAAAAAGAAGUUAUUUUUGCAUGAGCCAAGGGUCACACUAAAGGUUGCUUGAGUGUGUCCUGCAAAACAGCUGCCCCAUUCACAUUUCAUCAAUUUUAGCUUGUAUACUAGAGUCAAACACUUUGUUGGUGAGACUCAUGCUUAGUAGUAGCAUCUGUGUGCUUUGUAACAUCAUAUACAAAAGAAAUGAACAACCAUAAGUGCAUCACAUAUUGACAAUAUAUUCACUGACAACAGCAAAAUUAGAAAGCAAGGCCUCUGAUAAUAUAAUUGGAAAUGCUGUACAAAUUGCUUAACAUUCUUCUAAAUUUAAUUGCAAACUGGUGAUUGACUGAUAACAGGGAACUUGCUGACGCUAUUAAUAGUUUUAAUCCAGUGUUACAUUAUCAUUUCAUCAUUUAGCCCAAAGAUUGACCCUUCCCUUAAAACAAGUUGAAAUGUAGCAAAAAUACAGAUAUUGAUCUAAAUAGUAUUUUAAAAAUAUAUAUACAAACAAAAUAUGUACAUUUAACAGAGACUCCAGAUUAAAUAGACAAAGGGUAUUUACAAUUAUUUUAUAACCAUGCAACCAUAUUUUGUGUAAUGAAAUAUAUAAUUAUUUGUAAGAAAUCCUGAAUUGUCUAUCUAAUAUGUUAUAGUAUGUAGUCAAUUACCCCAUGAGUUUUUGUUUACAUCUUGUUGUCAUCCAGAGAUCUGAUUCAACAACUGUGCCAACUGUGAUGUCCAGCUCUAAGGACAAUGGUUUUUAGGAUGGAAUCUGAUCUCACCUGAACCUGUAACACUGCUUGAAUAUAAACCCUUUUCUACCCCUGUGUUCUCUUCCUGCAUUUAUUCACGUUUUCUUGGCGAAAAACAUGCUACUCUGUUUUGCAUCAAUCAUGUUGCAAUUUUCAGGGAUCUCAGACUGCAUUGUUUAGUAAAUCAGAUUUUGUCAGUUAUAAAACAUUCUUUUGAAAACCAUAGUUUAGCCUGCAUUUGUUAGCUUAUGCUUAUUUUGUUAAACGAAUGAAAUCAGUAUGUGACACUUUUGUUUUGGUUUUUCUUUUUGCUUAUUGUGGUGUUUCUUGUGAAUUUUCAUUUACAACUUUUAUUGGCCUUAUGUAUUUUUCAUAAAUUGAUAUA